AUGUCAAACACUAAAAACCUAAAAUAAAAUUUCGAUAUUCCUUAUUCAGAAGAUAUAUAAGCUGUUAAGACCCCACUUAACUUUGAGAUAUCAGAAACAUAAUCUCUACAAAAUGACUUGAAGAAGAGAAAUAUAAAAAGACCUCAAAACUAUUAUCUAGCAAUCAUCUUUGCCUUCUCGAGUGCUUUUGGAUUUGCCAUUCAUAAUUACUUUGUAACAUACGGUAUCAGAAUGAGAAAUAACUCAAGUUCGAUAGCCUUCGCCGAAUUUUUUAGUUUAAUGGCAGCUCCUAUAUUCUUAUAGAUGUAUCUUGCAGGCCACAGUUUUAAGAAUAAAGGAAAACUCUGGAUAAAACAAGAGUCUCAACUUUACGAUAAAUCUACUUUGAGAUUUAAGUACAUCUGCUUAUUUUGUGUUAUUUCUAGAGGUAUUAUAUCUGUAUUUCUGAACAGCAAUGUUGGUUUUAUGGCUUAUUAUUCGUUCAGGGCAGAUAUAAGCCCAAGCGUGAUAAUUUCAAUUAAUAGCUUGACGUCAUUCACAGUAGCAAUAGUAUUUUACUUUUUAUAUCACGAGAAACUUAACUUCAAGCAUUUAAUUGGGAUGAUUUUAAUAAUAAUUUGUGUGGUCUUAAUUGCUAUUUCAAAAAGUUUCACUAUUUAGAGACCUUUAGUUGAAGAGCCAAUUACAGUCUUUGUACCAAUAUUUUUUGCUCUUUUGUAAGUCUUAGUAAUGACUUUAUCAACUGUGAUCAUUAGAAAAUCUCAGGAGAAUGGAUAUGAUGUUAUUAGAUUCUGUAUUGAUUAGUAAAUUGUUUCAGGCGGGUUAUUUUUGCUACUCUUUUUGCAUUCUCAUUUUACUUACUUGCCUUAUACUUGGACCUAGCUUUGGUUUAUUUAAAUAGCUGUGAUUGCGUUUACCAGUGCAGUAAUAGCUUUUAACUACUCACUUAGGUAUGGUAAAGGAGGUAUUUCUAUGGCUAUUUGUCAAUUAUAGAAUGUAUUUUAGCUCAUCCUUGAAGUACUAGUGGAGGGCAGGAUACCGAAUUAUUUUGAAGUAUCAUCAAUAAUAUGCGCUCUUGUUGGAUCUAUAAUUUUAGCUAUUGCAAAAAAAUGA